GAAGGGUUUUUUUCUCUCUCCCUCCACCACACCGUAACCGCGCGCGAGCGGGCCGGGCGGGCGGCCGAGUUUUCCAAGAAAUAACUUCACCAAGAUGUCCACUGAUAGGCAAAGGUCCGAUGAUGAGAGCCCCAACACCAGCAGUGGUAGUUCAGAUGCGGACCUGCGAGACCCAGCCGCUCCAGAGGCUGAAGAACAGGAAGAAAGAAAACCUUCUGCCACCCAGCAGAAGAAAAACACCAAACUCUCCAGCAAAACCCCUGCUAAGUUAUCCACUAGUGCUAAAAGAAUUCAGAAGGAGCUAGCUGAAAUAACUCUUGAUUCUCCUCCUAACUGCAAUGCUGGGCCUAAAGAAGAUAACAUUUAUGAAUGGAGAACGACUCUACUUGGUCCACCAGCUUCUGUAUAUGAAGGUGGUGUGUUUUUUCUGGAUAUCACUUUUUCAUCUGAUUAUCCAUUUAAGCCACCAAAGGUUACUUUCCGCACCAGAAUUUAUCACUGCAACAUCAACAGUCAGGGAGUCAUCUGUCUGGACAUCCUUAAAGACAACUGGAGUCCUGCUUUGACUAUCUCAAAGGUUUUGCUGUCGAUUUGUUCUCUUUUGACAGAUUGCAACCCUGCAGAUCCUCUGGUUGGAAGCACAGCCAUUCAGUAUUUGACCAACAGAGCAGAACAUGACAGGACAGCCAGACAGUGGACCAAAAGAUACGCCACAUAA